AUGUUCACCAGCAACGACAUCCUACCCAUCACAAUGUCCCGGCCCCACACACCUCUGCAUCGAGAACAAGGCCCUGUGGCAGUGACCUUCCGCGUCUCCCCCAAUGGUCCUCUCCUCUCGGACGGCAGCGACAUAUCCGCGCGCGCGUCCUCGGCCGAUCUCCUCCCGGACAAUGUGAGCUCUAGCGCGUCCUCAAUUGCGAGCCACUCCACGCCGGACACGCAGAGCUCCAGCGCGCACAUCGCCGCCAAUCCGCUCGCCUCGACUCUAACCUCGCUUGCCACCACAAUCGAGAGCAUGCGAGGGCAGGACACGCCCGCCGCGCACACGACCAUGGCGAGCUUGUCUAGUACGAUGACGGCGCUUGCCACCGCCAUCACAUCACUUCACACUAACACCCCUACGACGCCGACGAGCUCACUGUCGAGCCAGACGAACCUCAGCAGCGGCCCUGUGAUCGAGAAGUCGCAGCAGAACAACAGCAGUCCGCCCAAUAACGACUCUUACCAAACGCUUAGCCAGAGCAACAGCCCAUACCAGACAAUCGGCACGAUCAACAAUCCCUACCGGGACAGCUUCCAGUCGACGUUCAGCAACAGCACCCCCGCCGGUUCGCAGAACAGUCUCGACCAUCCCUUCCGCGCCACGAGCCCUCGCGAGCUCGAAGGGGAGAACGCGCAUUCCGCGGCAAUCGACGAGCUGCGCGCCGAGCAGGCCAAGCUCCGCACCUUGAUUGAGAGCACCGCACAAUCGGCCGCCGGGGGAAGCACCGCCGCUCCCCGCCUGCCCGCGCGCCCGAUUCCCAACUUCCCCGUGCCCGCGCCCCCACGCCCCAUCGAGUGGCGCACCGACUCUCCGGGCGCUGCGCAGCCGCGGAACGGGGCAGCCGACGCGCACUCCCCACCCACAUCCGUGCCCCUCGCGACGCAGCACCAGCUCUUCGCGCAGUCGAUGGCGACGCUUCUCGACGCCCUCGACGGCAUGGGCAACGACAUCCAGUCGGCGCGGCGGACGGCGAUCGAGCGCGAGGCCUCGUUCGGCCGCGAAGUCACGCGCUUCUUCCACGAGCUCGACGCGGCACAGCUCACCGCGCAGCGCCUCGAGUUCCUCUGCACCUUCGGCAAGCGCUGCCUGCUCGCGCAGCUGGCGAAGACGACGGCGGGGACGGCCUCGAUCGAAAGCUUGGUGGGCCAGCACGAGGUGGCGCGCGAGCAGGCAUCGCACCUCGCUGAGAUAGCGAGCAGCCUCGCUAAAACGCGCACGCAGCUCGAAGCGGCUGCGUCGGCGAGUGCGGACCGCGAAGCGACGCUUGCGCUGGAGAAGACGCGUGUGGUGGGGGAGAAGGAGCGGAUCGCGGGCGAGAAGGACCGCCUCGUCGCCCAGCUGCAGGCUGUGCAUGCCGCCGCGGCCGAGCACGACAAGGCGGUCGCGAACGAGCGCGGGGAGAAGGACGCGCGCAUCGCCGAGCUCAAGAAAGACCUUGCGAGCCUCACGGACACGCUCAACGCUUCGGUGGAGGUGCUAGAUGCGAUCCGGCAGAAGGGGGCGAGAGCUGAGAGCUGGCGUGCCGCAGAAAACAUCCGCAGUCAGCUCCGCUGGGCGAAGGAUAAGGUGCAGCGGAACAAGAAUGACAACGAGCAGAGCCUGUCGCAUACCAUGGCCGCGCGGCUGGCGCUUGUCGCGCCGCAGCAGGGGGCGGAUUCGCUCAAGGCACGCAGGCCGCGCGCGCCGGGGCGCCUGCCGCUGAGCACUGUUGAUGAGUAG